GACGGUUGGAUAUAUGGAGGGAAUCCAUUUUCACACGUAUGGUUCUGCUUGCCCUUGCAUAAACAAUUAAUCUCUCUGGUCCUUGGGAGUUGGGAGAGAGAGAUGAAAUUGAGUUGUUGGGGGAGGCUUUGCAGCGCGUCACUCCUCUAAAACAAGCUCCUAUUGGUCCACGUGGCAUCCAUAAAACAGACCCCUUCCGAAAUCUACUACGGCUGUCUGCUCCAUUCCUAUACUCCUGAUAUGAACACACCAAAACAUUUUCACUCAAAUCCAUCCUUCAAAAGACCCAUCUAUAUAUCAAUCACCCCAACAUUCAUUGAUGAUGGAGCUCCCACCAACACCAACACCUCCACCAUCACCAUUUCUCUCUCUCUCUCUCUCUCUCUCUCUCUCUCUCUCUCUUACGCACACAGAUUUCCAUCUCUGCAACUGCAUUACAGAAAUCCACGUCUGCCAUUUCAAGUGCUCUACCCCGUCACGUUUUUCUAUCUGCAACUUGUCCCGCUUUUGUUUUUCACUUCUUGUUCAAACACAAUGGAAAAAUCCCUUUUCAACUUUUUCAUUCUAUAUCCUUUUUACCCUUAAAUGAUGCAUGAGUUGCAUAAUCCUUCCAACUACGUUGCAAGCGUAUUAAAAGAAAAGUAGAAAAAAGAGCCUUUACCCGUGUCAACAACCAACACUUUUCCUAUAUAUAAGCCCUCCAAAGCAACUUAACCCCAGCAAAAUGUUUAACAGCUUCUACUGUACGCUUUGAGUAAUUCAAACCCAUAGAAUGUCGUUCUCUUGUGCAAAGAACUUCUUCCAAAGGUUCUGCGUCGAAGAGUUCCGUGCAAAUAUUGGAACCCAUAUCAACUUCUUCUCCAGUGAUCUCCUCCUAAUUCCAUCCCUAGGAGCCAGAAUCAACCAAGCAACUAUACUUCGAAAAUACAUCAUUUCUCCAUUCAAUCCCCGUUACAGGGCUUGGCAGAUGUUGCUGGUUAUUCUAGUCAUUUACUCAGCCUGGAUCUGCCCAUUUGAGUUUGCAUUUUUGACUUGCAAACAAGAUGCACUUUUUGUGAUUGACAACAUUGUCAACGGCUUCUUUGCCAUUGACAUUAUUCUCACCUUCUUUGUGGCAUACCUCGAUAACCAAUCAUACCUUCUUGUUGAUGAUCCCAAGAAAAUCGCAAUCAGGUACAUUAUGACCUGGUUUAUUUUCGAUGUCUGUUCAACAGUGCCAUUUCAAUCACUCAGCCUCAUGUUCACAGAUCAUUGCAGCGGACUUGGUUUUAAAUUACUCAACAUGCUCAGACUCUGGCGUCUCAGACGAGUCAGCUCCUUGUUUGCAAGACUUGAGAAAGACAUUAGGUUCAACUAUUUCUGGAUUCGGUGCACAAAGCUCAUCUCUGUAACUCUGUUUGCAGUACACUGUGCUGGAUGCUUUAACUAUUUGAUUGCAGACAGAUAUCCGGAUCCAAAACGAACCUGGAUUGGUGCGGUCUAUCCAAAUUUCAAAGAUUUUCGCAUUUGGGACAGAUACGUAACUGCAAUGUACUGGUCUAUCACAACAUUAACUACAACUGGUUACGGGGACUUGCAUGCUGAGAACACAAGAGAGAUGUUGUUUGAUAUAUUUUACAUGCUAUUCAACUUGGGAUUGACAGCUUACCUCAUUGGGAACAUGACAAAUCUCGUAGUUCACUGGACCAGCCGCACCAGAAAUUUUAGGGACUCAAUCAGAGCUGCUUCAGAAUUUGCAGCAAGAAAUCAGUUGCCUUCUUGCAUACAGGAUCAAAUUUUGUCUCAUAUAUGUCUCAAGUUCAAAACAGAUGGAUUGAAGCAGCAAGAAACAUUGAAUGGUCUGCCAAAAGCCAUUCGUUCAAGCAUUGCACACUAUCUCUUCUCCCCUAUUGUUCAAAAUGUCCGUCUUUUCCAAGGUGUUUCUCACGAUUUCCUUUUUCAAUUGGUUUCUGAAAUGGAAGCUGAGUAUUUCCCACCCAAGGAAGAUGUGAUUCUACAGAAUGAGACUCCAACAGAUCUUUACAUACUGGUAUCAGGAGCAGUGGAUUUGAUUACACUUAUUAAUGGGCGUGACCAAAUUUUUGAGAAGGCUGUGGCAGGGGACAUGGUAGGAGAAAUAGGGGUUCUAUGCUAUAGGCCACAGCCAUUCACUGUUCGAACUACUGAUAUUUCUCAAAUAUUACGGCUGAACAGAAAAACACUGAUGAAGAUUAUUCAGGCAAAUACAGAAGACGGAUACAUUAUUAUGAACAAUCUUUUCCAGAGACUGAAAGAACUGGAAAGCUUUGGCUUUGUGGACCAACAAACAGAUCCAUAUUUGUCCCUCAGUGAGUGGUUCGACGGAGGACCGAAAGGAGAAAGCUAUUCUCAUGAUGUAUACCAAGAUCAUCCACAUGGAGAUCCAUUGAUAUCGGAAGAAAGGGACUUAGAUUUCCUUAGUUCAGUCGCCACAGAGAAUGAAAAAGGAAAAGCUCAUGCUUCUACUAGAAAUGAAGUGGAUGUAAAUUCGACAGCUGAGGAUGGCCAAACAGCUCUUCACGUUGCCGUUCGUAAGGGGCAUCUUGAAAUGGUUAGGGCUCUGCUGGAAAGAGGAGCAAAUGUGAAUAAACCAGAUGUGCGGGGGUGGACACCGAAAGCUUUAGCUGAGCAGCAAGGAAACAAAAGGUUAUAUGACCUUUUGUUAGGUUAUGAAAAAGGAAGUAUAUUAAAUGAACACAAAAUAGAUUUUAUUGGGCCAGAAACAGCUGAAAACACCAGGAAAGGUCAAUUCAAACCUACAAGAAAUAGAGGCCCCAAUUGUUCCAAAUCUUGUUCUAGAAACGUAGUCACAUCCUUGAGCUCAAGCAAUUCUAACUGUCCAACUAAUAGAGAAUUUACAAAAUUAACCAAGAGGAGAGUCACCAUUCACAUGAAGUUUCAAAAGAACAAUACAUCACAAAAGCAGUUGGGGAAGCUGAUAGUCCUACCUGAUUCACUAGAAGAGCUAUUCAAGAUUGCCGGUAAAAAAUUUGGAGGCUACAAUCCUACAAAAGUUGUAAGUGCAGAGAAUGCAGAAAUAGAUGACUUAAGUGUAAUCCGGGAUGGGGAUCAUCUGUUUCUCCUUCACAACGAGUGUGGAAGUCCAGAUUGUGACAUGACCUAAUUGUUAUUG